UUUACUGUCGGGUGCACUCUGGAGUCUCUGGAUUAGGAUUUUUCGAGAGGAUUGAACUUAAAAAAAAAAAAACCAUUAACCGGACUUUGCAAUAUCGUGUUGAGUUCAACUCUGUGAGGUGGAGGUGUUCUUGCCAUGGUGGAGAAGAUGUCGAGUUUUCUGCACAUUGGGGACAUAUGCUCCCUGUACGCUGAGGGCUCCACCAGUGGCUUCAUCAGCACCCUAGGGUUGGUUGAUGACCGUUGUGUUGUCCAGCCAGAUGCUGGAGACCUAAAUAACCCGCCCAAGAAAUUCAGGGACUGUCUGUUCAGAUUAUGUCCCAUGAACAGAUAUUCAGCACAGAAACAGUUUUGGAAAGCUGCCAGACCUGGAGGAACCAGCACAACUGACACUGUUUUACUUAACAAAUUACACCAUGCUGCUGAUCUAGAGAAGAAACAAAAUGAAUCAGAGAAUAAGAAGCUGCUGGGAACUGUCAUUCAGUAUGGAAAUGUCAUCCAGCUGUUGCACCUGAAGAGCAAUAAGUAUCUGACAGUGAAUAAGCGUUUGCCCGCUCUGCUGGAGAAGAAUGCCAUGCGUGUGACGCUGGAUGCAGCAGGGAAUGAGGGCUCCUGGUUCUACAUCCAACCGUUCUACAAGCUGCGCUCCAUAGGAGACAGUGUUGUCAUCGGAGAUAAGGUUGUGUUAAAUCCUGUGAAUGCCGGACAGCCACUUCAUGCUAGCAGCCAUCAGCUUGUAGAUAACCCAGGAUGCAAUGAGGUAAACUCAGUCAACUGCAGCACCAGCUGGAAAAUUGUUCUGUUCAUGAAAUGGAGUGACAAUCAAGAGGUUGUUUUGAAAGGCGGAGAUGUGGUCCGGUUGUUCCAUGCAGAACAGGAGAAGUUUCUAACAUGUGAUGACCACCGGAAGAAGCAGUAUGUUUUCCUGCGCACCACUGGACGCCAGUCUGCAACCUCAGCAACCAGCAGCAAAGCACUUUGGGAAGUGGAGGUUGUGCAGCAUGAUCCCUGUAGAGGAGGAGCAGGCUACUGGAACAGUUUGUUCAGGUUCAAACACCUGGCAACUGGACAUUACCUUGCUGCAGAGGUAAACCCAGACUAUGAAGAAGAAUGCCUGGAAUCUCAUUCCUCCGAUAAGGUCAUGUACACGCUGGUGGCUGUUCCCGAUGGCAAUGACAUCUCCUCUAUCUUUGAGCUGGACCCUACUACUCUGAGAGGGGGGGACUCUCUUGUGCCCAGGAACUCAUAUGUAAGGCUUAGGCACCUCUGCACGAAUACCUGGGUCCAUAGUACUAACCACCCCAUAGACAAGGAGGAAGAGAAACCAGUCAUGCUCAGAAUAGGUACAUCUCCUUUGAAGGAAGAUAAGGAAGCUUUUGCUAUAGUGCCUGUGUCCCCCGCAGAGGUCAGAGAUCUCGAUUUUGCUAAUGAUGCCAGUAAAGUACUGGCCUCCAUCGCUGGUAAACUGGAAAAGGGCACCAUCACCCAGAAUGAGAGGAGAGCAGUGACUAAGCUGCUGGAGGACCUGGUGUACUUUGUGGUAGAUAUUCCCAGCAGCGCCCAGGAUGUGCUGGAAAUAACAGUGAACAAACCCAACAGAGAGCGGCAAAAGCUCAUGCGGGAGCAGAACAUACUCAAACAGAUCUUCAAGCUGCUGCAGGCUCCUUUCACUGACAGUGGGGAUGGUCCAAUGUUGCGAUUGGAAGAACUGGCUGACCAACGGCACGCUCCCUUCCGACACAUCUGCCGACUGUGCUACCGAGUUCUGCGCCAUUCACAGCAGGACUACCGCAAAAACCAGGAGUACAUAGCAAAGCAGUUCCGCUUCAUGCAGAAGCAGAUUGGCUAUGAUGUGCUGGCAGAGGACACCAUCACGGCUCUUCUACACAACAACCGGAAGCUGUUGGAAAAACACAUCACAGCCGCUGAGAUUGACACCUUCGUCAGCCUUGUCCGCAAGAACAGAGAGCCCAGGUUCCUGGACUACCUGUCUGACUUGUGUGUAUCGAUGAACAAAUCUAUUCCUGUCACCCAGGAGCUUAUCUGUACUGCAGUGCUGGAUCCAGCCAAUGCAGACAUUCUGAUUGAGACCAAGCUGGUGCUAUCACGGUUCGAGGUUCCAGGACAAGGGCUUGGGGAGAGUGCAGAUGAGGAAGAGGAGGAUGAGGAGGAAGUGUGGUUGUUCUGGAAGGAAAGCAGCGGUGAGGUGAAAAGCAAAAGCAUCAGAGAGCUUGCCCAGGACGCCAAAGAAGGACACGCUGAGGACCAGGAGGUGAUCAGCUAUUACAGGUACCAGCUGAAUCUGUUUGCUCGAAUGUGUCUGGACCGGCAGUAUUUGGCUAUUAAUAAGAUCUCAGCUCAGCUCGACGUGGACCUGAUUCUUCGCUGCAUGUCCGAUGAAGAUUUGCCCUUUGACCUCCGAGCGUCCUUCUGCCGCAUGAUGCUGCACAUGCAUGUGGACCGUGACCCCCAAGAACAGGUCACACCCGUCAAGUAUGCUCGACUCUGGUCUGAGAUCCCCUCACAGAUCUCCAUCGAUGAUUAUGAUAAUGACGGAACUUCACGUGAUGAGGUGAAGGAGAAGUUUUCCCACACUAUGGACUUUGUGGAGACCUACCUGCGGGACGUUGUGUGCCAGAGCUUUCCUUUUUCAGACAAAGAGAAAAAUAAACUCACCUUUGAGGUGGUGAACUUGGCGAGGAACCUGAUAUACUUCGGCUUUUACACCUUCAGUGACUUGCUGCGGCUGACAAAGAUUCUGCUGGCCAUCCUGGACUGUGUGCACGUCAGCACCUCCUUCACCGUCAAACUGGACAGAGACCCUAGCAAAGGCAGUAAUGUGAUACGCUCCAUCCAUGGGGUGGGUGAGCUGAUGACACAGGUGGUGCUGAGAGGCGGAGGUUUCCUGCCAGUCUCCACGCGUGCCUCCCCGGACCAAGAUUCAGUCAAAGCCCAAACCGAACCUCAAAAACAGGACAUCCUGGUCAUGGACACCAAGCUUAAGAUCAUAGAAAUCCUGCAGUUCAUUCUGAACGUGCGACUGGAUUACCGCAUCUCUUGUCUGCUGAGCAUCUUUAAGAGCGAGUUUGAUGAGAGCAACUCUCAGGCAGAGCCCUCUAUUAACCCGGAAUCACACACCAGCGUGCAAGGUGGGAGUCUGUGUGCAAGUGGGUUGGGUGCAUGUGAGUGUGUGUGUGGUGUGAUGAAGCUCUUGCUGUGUUUAGGUGCACUGGACUUUGAGCACAUUGAAGAGCAGGCUGAGGGGAUUUUUGGAGGAAGUGAGGAGAACACUCCACUGGACCUGGAUGACCACGGUGGUCGGACAUUUCUGAGGGUCCUCCUGCACCUCACCAUGCAUGAUUACCCCCCACUGGUGUCCAGAGCCCUGCACCUACUAUUCAGACACUUCAGCCAACGACAGGAAGUCCUGCAGGCCUUCAAACAGGUGCAGCUCCUGGUGACCAGUCAGGAUGUGGAGAACUACAAGCAGAUUAAGGCAGACCUGGACCAGCUGCGCUCCAUUGUGGAGAAGUCUGAGCUGUGGGUCUUCAAGAGGCAGGGGUCAGACUCAGGACUUCACACAGGGGAGGUCAUCACCACGGAAACACAUCACAAGACUGACUCAAUUUCAGACGGAUUAGACAAACCCAAAGUGGAGAGCACCAGCAGCUCCAACUACCGCCUGGGGAAGGAGAUCUUACUAAGACUAAGCAAGCUCUGUGUGAUGGAGUGUCUGUCAGGCAGGAAGAACAAAAAGCAACAGCAGCGUCUCCUCAGGAACAUGGGCGCUCACUCGGUGGUCCUGGAGCUGCUGCAGAUCCCCUAUGAAAAAGGAGAGGAUGUCUGGAUGCAGGAGAUUAUGACACUGGCUCAUCAGUUCCUCCAGAACUUCUGUGCUGGAAACCAGCAGAACCAGACAUUGCUGCACAAACACAUCAACUUGUUCCUCAACCCUGGGAUUUUGGAGGCGGUGACCAUGCAGCAUAUCUUUAUGAAUAAUUUCCAGUUGUGCAGUGAGAUUAAUGAGAGAGUGGUCCAGCAUUUUGUGCACUGCAUCGAGACCCAUGGCCGAAGUGUCCACUACCUCAAAUUUCUGCAGACCAUUGUGAAAGCUGAGAAUAAGUUCAUCAAGAAAUGCCAGGACAUUGUCAUGGCUGAGCUGGUGACUGCAGGUGAGGACGUCCUUGUGUUCUAUAAUGACCGUGCGUCAUUCCAGACAUUGGUUCAGAUGAUGCGUCUGGAGAGAGAGCGUCUAGAUGAGAACAGCGCGCUCAGGUAUCAUAUCCACCUUGUGGAGUUGCUGGCUGUGUGUACCGAGGGGAAGAAUGUCUACACUGAGAUCAAAUGCAACUCCCUUCUUCCUUUGGACGACAUUGUGCGAGUGGUCACACAUGAAGACUGCAUUCCUGAGGUGAAGAUGGCAUACGUGAAUUUUCUCAAUCACUGCUAUGUCGAUACAGAGGUUGAGAUGAAGGAAAUCUAUACCAGCAAUCAUAUGUGGAAACUGUUUGACAACUUCCUAGUGGACAUCUGCAGAGUGUGUAACAACACAAGUGACCGCAAGCACGCGGACACGGUUCUGGAGUGCUAUGUCACCGAGACCAUCAUGAGCAUCGUCACCACCUUCUUCAGCUCCCCCUUCUCGGACCAGAGCACCAGCCUUCAGACCCGUCAGCCGGUGUUUGUGCAACUCUUGCAGGGUGUGUUUCGUGUGUACCACUGUAACUGGUUGGUUCCAAGUCAGAAGGGCAGUGUGGAGGCCUGUAUAAAAGUGCUUAGUGACGUGGCUAAGGGCCGUGCGAUAGCCAUCCCAGUGGAUCUGGACUGUCAGGUGAAUAACCUGUUUAUAAAGUCAAACAAUAUUGUGCAGAAAACGGCUCUGAGCUGGAGACUGUCUGUCCGCAAUGCAGUGCGGAGAGACUCCACUCCCACCACCUCCCGUGACUACCGAAACAUCAUUGAGAGACUGCAGGACAUAGUUUCGGCAUUAGAGGAGCGCUUGAGGCCCUUGGUGCAGGCAGAGUUGUCUGUGUUGGUGGAUGUUCUCCACCGGCCGGAGCUGCUGUUCCCAGAGCACACUGAGGCGCACCGCAAGUGUGAGAGUGGAGGAUUCAUCUGCAAGUUGAUCAAACACACAAAGCAGCUGCUGGAGGAGAAUGAGGAGCGCUUGUGCAUUAAAGUUCUGCAGACCCUCCGUGAAAUGAUGACCAAAGACAGAGGCUAUGGAGAGAAGCACAUGCCAUUUGAUGAUGAGAUGGAUGUUACUGAGGGAGAGGCUCUGAGGCAGCUGCUUGUGAAUCGUUACUAUGGUAACUUCAGGAGUGGUGGGAGGAGAGACAGUCUGACAACAUUCAGUAACUCCAGCCUUACACCUGUAGGUCCGAACAAGAACCAGUCAGGUGCUCUGAGUCGGGCUGAAAUGUCUCUAACAGAAGUGCAGUGUCACCUGGAUCGUGAGGGGGCAUCUGACCUGGUUAUUGACCUAAUCAUGAACACCACCAGUGACCGUGUCUUUCACGAGAGCAUCCUGUUGGCUAUUGCCCUGCUGGAGGGUGGGAACACAACCAUCCAGCGCUCCUUUUAUAAACGUCUCACGGAGGAUAAAAAGUCGGAGAAGUUCUUUCGGGUUUUUUAUGACCGAAUGAAAGCUGCCCAGGUAGAGAUCAAAGCCACAGUUACUGUCAACACCAGUGACCUUGGCAACAAGCGCCGUGAUGACCACUCAGAACGAGAUACUCCUCAGCGGCGGAGAGGAAAGGAUUCUGUAGUAAUGGUCACCGACGAUGCUCGUGAGCAGCUAAUAGAAGCUUCUGUGGUGACGAAAAAGGCGUUUAGCUCAUACCGACGGGAUGCUGACCCUGAGGAGGCCUAUGGCCAUGGUGAAGGCGACAGAGGGGGUGGGGACAAAGGAGCGGAGCAGGGAGAGAUGAGCUCUGUCAUUCUCAUCAUGCAGCCAAUCCUGCGCUUCCUACAGCUGCUGUGUGAAAACCACAACAGAGAUCUACAGAACUUUCUACGCUGCCAGAACAAUAAGAACAACUAUAACCUGGUGUGUGAGACGCUGCAGUUCCUCGACUGUAUCUGUGGCAGCACUACAGGAGGCCUGGGCCUUCUGGGCCUUUACAUAAACCAGCACAAUGUGGCACUCAUUAAUCAGACUGUGGAGAGCCUUACUGAGUACUGUCAAGGGCCAUGCCAUGAUAACCAGAACUGUAUUGCCACCCAUGAGUCCAAUGGCAUAGACAUCAUCAUCGCUCUGAUUCUAAAUGACAUCAACCCACUUGGAAGAAAGAGGAUGGACCUGGUGUUGGAGCUGAAGAACAAUGCCUCAAAGUUGCUGUUGGCCAUUAUGGAGAGCCGUCAUGAUAAUGAGAAUGCAGAGAGGGUUCUGUACAACAUGAGGCCCAAAGAGCUGGUGGAGGUGAUAAAGAAGGCUUACCAGCAAGGAGAGGCAGACUUUGAUGAUGAUGAAGAGAAUGCAGAGGACCAUGCAGCCUCACCACGGAACGUUGGCCAUAACAUCUACAUUCUAGCACAUCAGCUGAGUCGCCACAACAAAGAACUGCAGCUGCUGCUAAAACCAAGAGGAGAGGAUCAGGCUCUGGAGUUCUACACUAAACAUACCGCUCAGAUAGAGAUAGUCCGCCAGGACCGCACUAUGGAGCAGAUUGUGUUUCCUGUGCCUCAUAUCUGCUCGUUCCUGACCAGCGAGUCCAAGCUGCGGGUUUACUACAGCACCGAGAGGGAUGAGCAGGGCAGCAAGAUCAACGACUUCUUCCUGCGCGCCGACGACCUCUACAGCGAGAUGAGGUGGCAGAAGAAACUGCGAGCCCAGCCUGUGUUGUACUGGUGCAGCAGGAACAUGUCAUUCUGGAGCAGCGUCUCCUUUAACCUGGCCGUGCUCAUUAACGUACUGGUGGCCUUUUUUUAUCCACUGGACAACGUGAGUGACGGAGUGCUCGAGCCGUCUCUGUCUCUCUUGCUGUGGGCCUGUGUGCUGGGCUCGCUGGGUGUCGUGCUGCUUUGGCCCAGUCCCAAUGGGCUCAGGGUUCUGGUCAUCUCCUCCGUUCUGCGGCUGGGCUUCUCCCUGGGUCUUCAGCAUAUGCUCUCCCUGCUGGGAGUUUUUAACGUGUGUAAUAAGAUUGUGUUCCUGCUGAGCUUUGUGGGUAACAGGGGGACGUUCACACGUGGGUAUCGAGCCAUGGUAAUGGACAGAGAGUUCCUGUUCCACCUGCUCUACCUCCUCAUCUGCACACUGGGUCUCUGUGGACACGUCUUCUUCUACAGCUUACUGCUGUUUGACCUGGUGAACAGAGAGGAGACUUUGCUAAACGUGAUUAAGAGCGUGACUCGCAAUGGACGCUCCAUCGUGCUGACGGCUGUGCUGGGCCUCAUACUCGUCUACCUCUUCUCCAUUGUUGGCUACAUAUUCUUCAAAAAUGAUUUCAUCCUGGAGGUGGACCGCAUUUCUAACAGCACUCUGGAGGAGGGGGUAAAUCUGGCCAGUGGCUUUCUGUCUGAGGGUACGUGCAGUGUAGAGAAUGGGACGUGCUUGUCAGCGGGUGCAGAGGAAGGUGAUUUUGAAAAAGCAUGUGAAUCUCUGUGGAUGUGUAUGAUUACUGUCCUGAGUCAUGGUCUGAGGAGUGGAGGAGGUGUUGGAGAUGUGUUGCGCAAACCUUCUAAAGAGGAGCCUUUGUUUGCAGCAAGGGUUAUAUACGACUUGCUGUUUUUCUUCCUGGUCAUCAUCAUUGUGCUGAAUCUUAUCUUUGGUGUCAUUAUCGACACCUUCGCUGACUUGAGGAGUGAAAAACAAAGGAAAGAAGAAGUGCUGAAAACCACUUGCUUUAUAUGCGGACUGGAGAGAGACAAGUUUGAUAAUAAGACGGUGACAUUUGAAGAGCAUAUCAAAGAGGAACAUAACCUGUGGCACUACCUGUACUUUAUAGUUCUGGUCAGAGUGAAAGAUUCCACUGAAUACACUGGCCCAGAGAGCUACGUCGCUCAGAUGAUCAAGGAGCACAAUCUGGACUGGUUCCCACGGAUGAGGGCCAUGUCCCUGGUGAGCAGCGAUGGAGAGGGGGAACAGAACGAGCUGCGCUGUCUACAGGAGAAGCUCGAGUCCACCAUGAGACUCGUCUCCAACCUGACCAACCAGCUAACCGAGCUCAAAGAGCAGAUGACUGAACAGAGGAAGCAUAAGCAGCGGAUUGGUCUGCUGGGAAACCCAGCCCACCUCAACAUUAACCCGCAGCAGCCUGCUUGAGGAGUGGAGACAGAGGAGGCCCAACAGUUUGCCAAACAUUUAAGUGUGUGCAAGGGGAAGAAACACGUACCUGCUGUACUUGAAGCCAGAUGCAGCAAAUGGAGUAUUUUUAGCUUGUCUCACUGGGGACGAGUGUGCUGUUCACUCACUGAUGCCUAUACACGCAAGUGCCAUAAGCCUCCAAAUUAAGAAAUGUCUACCAUGCAUGACACAUUCACAAACAGAAGUUUAUCUUGGGGGGGAAAAAAAAAAAAAACUACUUUAUUCACAGUGGUAGUUUGAUCCAUUGAAUGAAACACAGUAUCCACAAUAUUCCAAAAAUACUCCACAAUACUUCAGGUGUAGUACACAACUGAACAAAUGCCUACAUAUGUUACAACCCCCCUUGGACCAAUUACAAAGGCCCCAAAUUGAUGUUGUCUGAUAUUUUCCAUAUUCCAUUACUGGAUGUAGCAUGACACUCCCGGUCAUACUCACAAUGUCAUUGAACACCACUUAACAGUCUUUGCACUGUUUAAGUAUAGUAUUAAGAGUGCUUUAGCAAGUAGUUGACUAUAAUUGUUUGGGGGCAUUUGUCAGAAAAUACAUCUUGAGUUUUGUAGAGCGAGAGAAAUUAUUUAUUCAUGUGCAUUAUGUAUGAUUGUCUACUGUAUUGUCUAUAUUCAUCCAUGCAAUACUGUAAGGAAACCAAAAGGAUAUUCUUCCCUCACCAGAGUUAAAUAUUUAAUUUUUUGUUUUUCUUAAUUGGCUUUAGGAAAAUAUGCUUUGGUCCAAAAUCACAUGCAAUUUCUUCAAUUUUAGGAGCUCUUGCACACUGUAUCUGUACCAAGUUGGAUAUAGUUUUAGUCAGAAAUAGUUUAUUUGAAUAAACAGCUCAGUAACUGUCAAGUACAUUUUUGCCAGUAUAGUAAACAAAAUGCAACUAAAUCAUAAGAGUGGUACAUUACACAAACUAGUUUAGUGACAUUCAGAAAACUGGUUCUUCUGAUUAGUCUUGUUCCAAGCUUUAAGUAAAACCAUGAAUGCUUCACACCCUCCACUAUGACUAAUGUUCUGAUGAACAGUAUCAGAGAACUGUGCAUGUAGACCUGGAUUCCAAAACAUAAGACAGCAGCCAGUUCAGUGUAAGAAGCAUGACAAGCAGCAAAGGUAAACCGCAAUAAGGUAAACCAUGGUAAAUCCUGAUUGUCUUUUCUGCCCUGGUAGAGCUGCUUAUACUGACGAGGUGCUUUCUGCUUUAUUAAAUACAGAAACAUAUCUUGAACUUGUUCAGCAUCUGACAAAGUUGUUUUUUUUUUUGUUUCGUUUUUUUAUGGGUGUUGCCUUAUCAUAUAUUCAGGCAUUUACUUACUGUUACCAGCAUUCACUGCUGCCAAAAAAAAAAAAAAAA